GCGUGUCCGUGGGCGCAGGCCUGAUUUACGGCUCUGCUGAAAACCGCUUCUUCUCCGCCGCCUCCUCCCCUUGCAGGAAAAGCAGCAGAAGCAAGAGGAGGAGGAGGAGGAAGGAGAAGCGCAGCGGUGGCAGUCUUCAGAGCAGCAGCAGCAGCAGCAACAAGUCAGGACUUGGAAAGUAAUGCAACAGAACACUUUUGAAGAAAGCAGAUACCCCUGGCAGGAGUCCUUUGAAAAUGUCAGUGUCUGCAUGCCAUUUCGUUGCCCUCGAUGCGGGGACCACACCCGAUUCCGGACCCUGUCGUCCUUGAGAGCCCACUUGGAAUUCAACCAUAGUUACGAAGACAGGAGCCUCCUGACAAAAUGCAACCUCUUCUCAUCCAUCCAAGAUGCAGACCUGAUCUCUUCCCCCGAGCCCCUCAUGCAUGGGAUGCUGGGAGACAGCACCAACAUCAUGAAACCAAAGACAUCCUAUCUGAACUUCUGCGACACGGGACGAGAGAACUCCAAGAACAGGAAGCCGCUGGAGGUGGAAGCCGAAAGACCUGCGUCUUAUGGGUCCAAUUACACAUCAGGGGAAUCCAUCGAUGAGCCCAUUUCUAAGCCGGGCUUGGCGACCACAGACUCCAAAGCCUCCUUUGAGGCCCAUGUCAGAGAGAAGUUUAACAGGAUGGUGGAAGCGGUCGACAAAACCAUCGAAAAGAGGAUCGACAAGCUCACCAAAGAGCUGUCCCAAAAGACUGCCGAGCUCUUGGAAGUGCGGGCGGCUUUUGUGCAGCUUUCACAGAAGAAGCAGGAAGUUCAGAAGCGGGAGAUGGCCCUCAACAGACAGGUGGAUGUCGCAGUGGAGAUGAUUGCGGUGCUGAAGCAACGACUGACAGAGUCUGAGGAAGAGCUGCACAGGAAGGAAGAGGAAGUAGUUACAUUUAAUCACUUCCUGGAGGAAGCUGCUGAGAAGGAAUUUCAUGGCAAAGCCCGGCUCCAGCGCUUCAUUGAAAAUCUACUGCAGCGGGUGGAUCUGGCAGAGAAGCAGCUUGAAUACUAUCAGAAUCAGCAGAUCACGGGCAACUACAGUGACGUAAAUGAGCAAGUGUUUACAGAUAUGUCAUCGAGUAAGAAGCCCAGAUGUCUCCGAGGAGCUCAGCAUGUUUUUUAUAACAGUUCCGAUGCAAAACCUCAUUGCUUCCAGAAAGGACGUAUGCACCUGAAGAAAACCAAGGAGGACAAAAUCUGUGCCCAUCCCGUGAAACUAUUUUAUGAAGCUGUUGACUGCUCAAGGGAUGUUUGGAGACCUCAGAAAAAAGGAGACGCCGCAAAUGCUGCCCGAAAGGUUAAUGCGAAAUCAAAGAUCAGUAAAAAAAGCAAACAGUUAUACUAAAACCCAUAGACAAUACCUAUAUAAAUAUAUAUAAAGAGAGCUAUAGAUAUGUAUACAUGUAUGUAUCUAACUUAAUCUAACUAUCUAUAAACACAUAGUGCAAGUUGUGGUAGCACUUGACUACUAUCAGUAGUGAAGAAGAGCACAAUGCUAUGCAUGUCGACUUGGCUGUUGUCUGCACAGGCAAAAAUAUCAUACGUCGUAUCCGGUGCUGGCAUAACGCACAACAUUCUUGAGGAUUGAAAUCUAAUCCAGUCGUUUUUCACUCCCUGCGGGCUUAAAACUGAGUUUAAAAUAUUGAUCUUUUACCCUGAACUUUUCUGGGAAACCCGAAUCAGCUUUGAUGUUUUGCUGUGGGUGGGAUUUUGGGUGGCACAAGUAGAUGUGAGGUCCCCAGAUCUUUCUUCCAUGAAAUGCUACUUGUUUCCAUUUUGCCGGUGUGCAAUCACAAGGUGCAUUUGUAUGGAUAAAGUUGCCAUUGCUUUUGAGGGCUCGUUCAUGUAGAUCAUUACAUUUUGGUCUUAGUGCUAUCAGCAUUUAAAUACCAGCUUAAUAGAAUGGCCAAUGCUCUAUGGAAUCAUAUAUAUAUCAUGUGGACAAAUGUAUACUCUUGUGCAUGAGGGGAAAAACCCUUGGAGUGACUAUGGCUGGAAAAAUGCAAAGCAUAGUACAUGUGAUCAUCACAGAACUGGUUUGAAGCAAACUUGAACUGGGGAAACAUAUGGCUGGCAAUGCCACAUUUACUUCGAUUUAAUAAGGAUAUGUGUGGUAUUAAUGCUAUCACUAUGCACCAGGAAAAUGUGAGUUGAAGCAGAAUUUUUUUUGCCUGUGUAGACAACUCCUUGGGUUUCAGUCUCAUUAAACUCAGGUCCCUUCUACACUGCCUUAUAAAAUUCAGAUUAUCUGCUUUGAACUGGAUUAUAUGGCAGCGUAGACUCAUAUAAUCCAGUUCAAAGACAAUAAUGUGGAUUAUUGACUUUGAUAAAAUGGAUUAUACGGCAGUGUAGAAGGGGUCUCAGUGGGACUUACUUUUGAGUAGACAGGCAUAGCAGUGCAUCAUCAAUCACACUCAUUACUUAUCACCAUUUCCCUGUUCAUUUGGGCAAUGACUUGAUAUAUUUAAUAGAUAAUAAUGCUAUAUAAAUAUAAAAGACUAUAUAUGCCUCGUUCCUGGGACUUUGUGUAUGUCAGGUGGCACUUUAUUUAUUUGCAAGAUCAGUUUAGUCCAGCAUUUCAUCUUGUUGUAUAUCUGUUUAUAAUAUAACCCCAAACAUUAGUUUUUGGCAAAAUAGUUUUGCUGCUUACAUUCAGAAGAACCCCUUCUGCCUGGCACCUUGAUAAAUUGAUUCUCUUUAAUCCACAUUGAGACACAAAUCAUCAGGAACAGGUUUAGAGAUUGAAGCCAGGGGUUGGGAAAACUUUGGCCCUGCAGAUGUCUUGAACUUCUGUUCCCAUGGCCCCUUCUACACUGCCAUAUAAUCCAGAUUAUCUGCUUUGAACGGGAUUAUCUGAGUCCACACUGCCAUAUAAUCCAGUUCAAAGCAGAUAAUCUGGAUUUCAUAUGGCAGUGUAGAAAGAGCUGUUGUGUUCCUGAAGCAUCUGGAAUACCAAAGGUUCCUCUCCUCUGAUUUAAACCUAACUCCAUUGAGCUGUGUUUUUCUGAACUCAGGGUACAAAUAUUAUGAUGGCAUUCUAGCAGUAGAAAGCAAUUGAGAGGAAUUGGGUUGGGCAGUGCCCUCCUGCUAACUUUUCAUUUCUUUUAGGACAAUGGUUCUCAACUUGUGGGUCCCCAGGUGUUUUGGCUUACAACUCCCAGAAAUCCCAGCCAGUUUACCAGCUGUUAGGAUUUCUGGGAUUUGAAGGCCAAAACAUCUGGGGACCCACAAGUUAAGAAUCACUGUUUUAGGAGAUUAAGAGGGUUGGAGAACUUGUCUAGGAUCAACUUUGUGCAGAAUUGGUUGUAUGGAAGUGGGUCGCUCCCUCACAAGUUAGGAGAAAAUAGUCCAAAUCAGUGGCCCAUCUCCCUCUUUAUGCGACACUAUGUGAUAUUGGUGCUACAGUAUCCAAAAGAAACAUUUCCAAGUUCUGAUAUAGUUAUUUCUGUUGUGUACAGUCCAAUGCAGGAAAAUACUACAGUGAUUCACUUCUGUGGCUUGAAGUAAGGUCAGCCCCAGACAUUUUGCUGCCGAAAGCAGAACAGACCUCUCCCUGUCAAAUUGCAUGGUAGCCAAAGCUGGCCACACUUGUUGCUAUUCUUGGCGUAUGAGGUAUAGAGUUUCAUAAGCAUUUCUUUCAAUCCCUGGCAGUAAAAUGUGAAAUAAGGAAAAUUUUUCUUCUUUUCAAGGCAUCCAAAUUCAGUUCCCUGAGUGCUCUGAUGGUUGGGCUGGUCAUCACAUAUCAUACCAGUCCGUUUAGCCCUGCUUAUUCUUUUUGUGUGUGUGUGUGUGUGUCAGGAGCGACUUGAGAAACUGCAAGUCGCUUCUGGAGUGAGAGAAUUGGCCGUCUGCAAGGACAUUACCCAGGGGACGCCUGGAUGUUUUGAUGUUUUUACCAUCCCUGUGGGAGGCUUCUCUCAUGUCCCUGCAUGGAGCUGGAGCUGAUAGAGGGAGCUCAUCCAUGCUCUCCCCGGGUGGGAUUCGAACAUGGCAGCUUGCAGAUCAGCAGCCCAACCUUCAAGUCACAAGGCUUUAACCCACUACUCCACCGGGAGCACCUGCUGAUUCUGAUUGCUACACAUGUCUUAGGCCCCUUCUACACUACUAUAUAAUCCAGAUUAUAUCUACAUUAUCUGCUUUGAACUGGAUUAUACCAGUCUAUACUGCCAUAUAAACCAGUUCAAAGCAGAUAAUCUGGAUUUUAUAUGGCUGUGUAGAAGGGUCCUUAGUGUCUUUAGUCUGUCUUGUAGAGGAAGUUCAUCUGCUAAAACAGCACAAGGAAUACUGUAAUUCGGGCAGGUGUGAUCUCAUUUUCGCUGUUCUUGGACUGUACCACAUCAGAAUGCAUGUGAGAGUGUCCACCUUCCUCCAUAUAUUCAAAGUGAAAGAAGACAACUUCACCUAGACACCUAGUUUAUUAAUAGAAUAGAAUGUAAAAUAAAUUAUAGACUUGGAAAGUAUUUUUACCCAAAAUAUAGUCAUAUUUACAUCCUGCCAUAUAUCACAGGAUGCCAUGAUGGCACAGAAAUAAUAAGCUUUUUCAGCAAUGUAGAACAGGGUAUCCGUGGAUCGAUUUCAGGAGGCCUUUCAGUUAGGAAUUGGACUGUGUCCCUUUAGUUUUGCACUAAUUUAGGAGAGGGAUAAUUAUCUUAUUUUAUACCAUGGGGUUCAUUCUGAUGGGACUAGAGCAAUCAAAGGGAGGCAUUGCUUGCUUCUGGACCUAGGGUGUUGGUGGCAGAACUUUCCCUUCGCAAUAUAGUUUUGUAUAUCCUGUGGAUGUAACAUCAACAUCACCUUGAGCAGGUUCACACGGAAAUUGUCCUUUCCUUGUCACGUCACAGAGGGAGCUUCAGGGUUGAGGUUAGGGCCCUGAACAAAGUGCAUUUGUGGAGGUCCCCUUGUUCUGUCGGCUGACUCCUAUCAAUCUUAUCUGGCAGAGGUAACAGCCAGGAGCAAUCCUGAAUGACCAAGGUCCAUAUUAUUGUUAUUGUUGUUGUUGUUGUUAUUAUUAUUAUUAUUUAUUAUGACACAGCAAACAAGAUAGAUAUGCUGGAUUUCGUAUCACAAAAUCACAAGUCGAACACUUCCCAAGUGUCUAGGACUGUGUGAUGUAUUUUCGGCUGAUGCGUUCAGAUCCCAGUAGGGUGGCCUUUUGCAGUUGGCAGAUCGUGAUUUUGUCAAUGUCUAUUGUUUCCAAAUGCCGGCUGAGAUCUUUUGGCACGGCACCCAAUGUGCCGACCACCACCGGGACCACCUGCACUGGUUUCUAUUAUUAUUUUAUUAUGACACAGCAAACAAGAUAGAUAUGCUGGAUUUCAUAUCACAAAAUCACAAGUCGAACAUUUCCCAAGUGUCUGGGACUGUGUGAUGUAUUUUCGGAUGAUGCGUGCAGAUCCCAGUAGGGUGGCCUUUUGCAGUUGGCAGAUUGUGAUUUUGUCAAUGCCUAUUGUUUCCUAUUAUUAUUAUUAUUAUUAUUAUUAUUAUUAUUAUUAUUAUUAUUAUUAUUUCCCGCAAUUCCCCAAAGCAACAGCAUAUUUAGGGCAUUUGAGGACAUUAAAGUGGCAGCUCCUCAAUGCCCUACACAUUAAGUAAAGGAGACCAGGGUAGGCAUCAGUACUGAGCCCCACUAGGAUGUUGGAUCCCCAACAGCUUCCCAGUGUAGAGUUACUUUUUGAAUUAGUUCUCUCAGAAGCCCCUGAUCAGAGGUAUUCUGGGAAUUGUAGUUUUAAAAAAAGUUUGGGAAGGGGAGAAGUAUUGUUUCCUAGCUUUAGCACAAUGGUAUCGGGCUGAUGCCAGUUAGCUGAGAGAAAUGCCUGAAAAAGUCAGUCAUUGACUGCUUCUCACCUUGCAUUACCUCAUUUCAUGGGAGGGAUUCCUGCCAAUCCAGAUAUUGCACUGUGGCCUAUAUUUCUAAUAUUUUGGGGAAGAUGGGCAGGGGGCAGAGAGGAAUCAGGGUAGGGUUUGGUUGUAGUCUCUAGGCCAUCCUUGUGCUAGAGCCCUAGAACAAUUGUUCUUUGUGAAUUUGCCCUUGCAAAUGAAACCACGUCCCAUAAAGAGAUCUCAGAAAUGCACAUUGGGGCAACUCUUUUCUUUUAUUGGCUUAGAAGUGGCUCAGGUGGGAUAUUCCUUUGGGAUUGUGCCAAGUAGAAGGAGUCUACUUUCAUCACAAAGUUCUUCUCUACUACUUUGUACGUGUGUAAAUGUGUCUUGUUUGUGCUAUGCUACUCUUUCUGACAGGUAGUUAACAACAUAGUAAUGUUACAGGAAAAAGUAGAGGGUUGUUUUUUUUUUUGCCCCAUCCAGAGAAAGAAAAAGGAAAAAAAAUAGCUGAGUGUCAUUUUCAUGUCACUUAUUUUUUUAAAUGCUUCUUCUAAGAUAUGUGAAAUGUCUUUCUGUGAAGUGGUUUUACAGUAAGCGUACUAAAACUUGUGAGAAAUGUUAUUGUUUUUUCACAACCAUUACAAUGAUUUUUUUAAAAAAAAGAAUAAACACACUAUUAUGAUUGUGGCAAUAAACAGGGUUUACACUAUAUUUAGUAGAGAUGGAAUACAAGUUAGAGUUUUUGCUGUUGUAUAAAUAGCACCAGUUGGCAUUUGGA